AUGCUGGUCGUCAGCGACAGGACAUCCACCACCGAAGUCACCAACGUUAGCACCGACACCGACCAUGAUGCCAGCGGCGCCGACCGCUCUCGAGAAAGGCAGCAGCAGCAGCAGGAGGGGGGGCAGGGGCAAGAGGUCGAGGAGGACCCGAGUCAACGCUGGAGCGCGCUCGAGAAGCUAGUCUCUCGACCCUCGCCGUUCGGCAACGAGACCGGCCAGCUUGCUGUCGGGGAAUUCGAACCGUUCGAAAAUAUGGCGGAGCUGCUGGAGGAGGAGCUCAAGGUUCUCGUCAUCGGCGCCGGCGGCUUGGGCUGCGAACUGCUCAAGGACCUCGCACUCUCUGCCAUCACCGAUAUCACCGUCAUCGACAUGGACUCCAUCGAUGUCUCCAACCUCAAUAGGCAGUUUCUGUUCCGACAGAAGGACGUCGGGCGCCCGAAGGCAACGGUUGCAGCAGAGGCUAUCAUGGCAAGGGUGAAGGGCUGCAAGGUAGAGGCUCACCACGCCAAGAUUCAGGAUUUCGAUGCGGACUUCUACCGAGAAUUCCGGGUGGUCAUCUCCGGCCUUGACAAUGUGGAGGCUCGGCGAUGGCUGAACUCGAUGCUGUGCUCGCUGGUAGAGCUGGACGAUGACGGCAACGUCUCCGACCCUACGACUAUCAUCCCUCUCAUCGACGGGGGCACUGAGGGCUUCAAGGGCCAGGCCAGGGUCAUACUUCCGCAGGUGACUUCCUGCUUCGAGUGCUCCCUGGACAUGUUCCCUCCCCAGAAAGUGUUCCCCAUGUGCACCAUCGCGGAGACUCCCCGCAUGCCGGAGCACUGCAUCAGCUACGCGAUGCUUCUUCUUUGGCCGAAGGAGUUCCCAGGUGCUUUUGUCCCGUUUUUUUGUUUUGUUUUUUCUAGCGUUGUUAUGCGUGUUUCGGCUGUCGUGCUGCGUGGGCCAAAACGGAGGGGUUUGUCCUUUUUUGGUAGGCGUCGAAGGGGGGGAGAACGGGGACAAAAGUCGUGCAGCACGCAUGCAGGUAGGCUCUCUGUCUACCUCCGGUAAUCGGGGCGGGGAGAGAGAGCAACGAUAAAUGCACAACAUGGUUCUGGUUUUGGUUUUCUCUUGGUUGUGUUG